AUGUCCGAUCGACGCACAUUCCUUGAGACAAUCAAAGAAAUUGCUUCUUCAAUCAAAAAACUUUUGGAUGCCACAAAUGCAGUUAUGCAAGUAGUCCAUCCGAGCGCUCAACUCUCUGUUGAAAAGCGAAAACGAGAAUUCGUGCAUUACUCGAAACGAUUUAGCAACACUCUGAAAGAGUAUUUUAGAGACCAGAAUGCAACGCAGGUAUCAAUUUCGGCAAAUCAGCUGAUUUUUCAAACAACGCUAUUGAUAAAAACGAUAAGGGAAAAAAUGAGAAGGGUUAGCUCGUGA